AUGUGCGCGGCGAGAGAAGGGCGCUGGGGCCGGAGGCAGCGAGCGCUGCUGUGCUGCGUGUUGGUGGCGGCGUUGGAGGCGGCGUGGGGGCAGCUGCGCUACUCGGUGCCCGAGGAGCUGCCCAAGGGCUCUUUCGUGGGCGAUGUGGCCAAGGACCUAGCGCUGCAGCUGGCGGCGCUCCGCGACCGCGGUGCCCGCAUCCUGGACCGAGGUAGGACGCGGUAUUUCACUUUGCAUGCGAACAGCGGCCACCUGGUGACGGCGGAGAGGCUAGACAGAGAGCAGCUGUGCGAGGGCUUGCAGCGCUGCGUGCUGCGCUGUGAGGUGAUCGUGGAGGGCGAGAUGAAAGUUUACGGAAUUGAAGUGGAAAUCACAGACAUUAACGACAACAUACCCCGCUUCGGAGAAUCAGAAAAGGAAGUGAGAAUUAGCGAGACGACAGCUCCAGGGUCACGCUUCCCUCUGGCCGUGGCACACGACCCGGACGUGGGAAUAAAUUCCUUACAGAGCUACGAGCUGAGCGGCGACGAGCACUUCUCGCUGUCCGUGCAGGCGGGAGCCGACGGCGAGAAGCGUCCCGAGCUGGUGCUGGCCAAGGUGCUGGACCGGGAGGAGGCGGCGUUUCACGAGCUGGUGCUGAUGGCGAGCGACGGCGGCGAGCCGUCGCGGACGGGCACGGCGCGCAUCCGCGUGUCUGUGCUGGACGCCAACGACAACGCGCCCGUGUUCAGCCAGGCGGUGUACGCGGUUCGCGUGCCCGAGGACGUGCCCGUAGGCUCCACGCUCCUCACCCUCACGGCCACCGACGCCGACGAGGCACUCAACGGCGAGGUUAAGUAUUCGGUCGUAAAAGUGACAGCAGCAAAAACAGACAAAUUCUAUGUGGAUCCCGAGACGGGAUCGAUCAGGCUGGUGAGGAGUCUGGACUUCGAGGAAGGCGACUUGUACGAACUCAGGGUGGAGGCACAGGACGGCGGCGGCCUAUCCGACACGGCUACAGCCUCCAUCUCGGUGACCGACGUCAACGACAAUGUGCCCGAGCUGACUGUGUCAUCGGCGCUGAGCGAGAUCUCGGAGGACGCGCCGUCGGGGACGGUGGUGGCCCUGCUGCACGUGCAGGACCGGGACUCGGGCGCCAACGGCGAGGUGCAGUGCAGCAUCGUGGACAGCGUCCCGUUCCUCCUGGAGCGGGCGCUGGACAAUUACUACAGCGUGGUGACGGCGCGGGAGCUGGACCGGGAGGAGGUGUCGGAGUACAACGUGACGGUGCGGGCGGCGGACGGCGGGUCGCCGUCGCUGCGGAGCAGCGCGGUGCUGGCGCUGCGCGUGCUGGACGUGAACGACAACGCGCCGGUGUUCGCGGAGGCGCGCUACAGCGCCCGUCUGGCCGAGAACAACGCCGAGGGCGCGCUGGUGCUGACGGUGCGGGCGCGGGACGCGGACUGGGGGCAGAACGCGCGCGUGCGGUACCGGCUGGCGGAGGGGCGUGUGCGGGGCGCGCCGCUCUCGUCCUACGUGUCGGUGCAGGCGGAGACGGGCGCGCUGUACGCGCUGCGCUCCUUCGACUACGAGGAGGUGCGCGAGGUGGGGCUGUGGGUGCGGGCGGAGGACGGCGGCGCGCCGGCGCUGAGCAGCAACGUGUCGGUGCGGCUGCUGAUCGUGGACGAGAACGACAACGCGCCGCAGGUGCUGUACCCGCCGGCGGCGGCGGCGGGGGCGGCGGCGGGCGCGGUCUGGACGGGCGUGGAGCUGGCGCCGCGCUCGGCGGAGCCCGGCGCGCUGGUGGCCAAGGUGGUGGCGGUGGACGCGGACGCGGGGCAGAACGCGUGGCUGUCCUACGAGCUGGCCAAGGCGACGGAGCCGGGGCUCUUCCGCGUGGGGCUGCACAGCGGCGAGAGGUCGCCUCCCAAUAGCUCACAUGCUUGA